AGUUGUGCAAUGAUGGGUCUGCAGGCGACGGCAGGAAAACGCAAAUUGGAGGGUGGUGUCGGCUGUAUGGAAUUCCACAUGGACUUAGGCGAGAGUCCGUCGAAGCUCGGACGCGUGGAUGGUAGCUGGUGGGCGAUGGACGACAGUUAUGGGCCGCCCCUGAACCAGACAUCAACGUCAUAUUACGAGAUGGAAGUGAGCUCGCCUUGCCUACAGGCGACGAACUCGUGCCAGCCCUCGACGACGAGUUCUCCGCAGUCGCAGCAGCAACAGCAGCAACAGCAAUCCCCGCAACACCCGUCGCAACACCAUCCAUCUUCCCAAUCGCCGCAACAGGCGCAGCAACAGCAGCAGCAGUCACAACAACAGCAACAGCAGCAACAACAACAAUCGCCGGCGUCAUCCUCGACAUCGGCCUCGUCCACAGUGACACAGUUGCAUCAUUAUUAUCAUCACCAACGCACCACCGUUAGUCCUAUCGGCAGCAACGGUUACAGCCAGCUAUCGAGAUCUCAACCACAAUGGGGCGCUCUUCAUCAUUACGAGCCACCAACGAUACGUCGAGAGGAAAACGGCAAGAGCUAUCUGGAGCUCGGUUCGAGUUACCGGGCGAACGAGCGGUGUUGCGAAGGUUCCAAGUCCAGCUGGUGUCGGCGCGGCCGAGCCUGUUACAGGCAGCGGCGGCUCGCCGUGCUUAACAUUUCAAUGUGCAAACUCGCCAGGUACCGCCAAUUCCCGGAUCCGAGCCUCCACCGAUCGGUACUGAUCUGCAAUACUUUGAGACACUUGGAACGUGAGAUGGAAAGGGACAGGAGUCCACCACCUAUGGAGCCGGUCGUGCCGGCUCCAAUCGCUCAAUUGCAACCGCCCGAACAGGGUAGGUUAACACCUUUCCCUGUGCCCCCAACGUCGUCAGGCGAGACUGACGUCGAUUCUGGCAUCGGUGACAGCGACGACAGCCGAUCGAUCAAUUGGGGUAGUGUACUAUCUUUAUCGAGUCAGUCGCCACUCGACCCGCUCAACAACAACGAAUUACUGGAUGUGGACAUUGGGCCCGAUCUCGACCUGGAUUUUAUGCCCGGGUGGAAGCUGACGCCUCUUUCAGCGGAUGACAUUCUGAGAAGUACAACGACGACCCAGGAACAGCAUCAUCAUCACCACCACCACCACCACCAUCAUCACCAUCAACAUCAUCAUCACCAACAGCAACAGCAGCAGCAGCAGCAACAGCAGCAGCAGCAGCACAACAGCAACACCUGAUGUCGUCAGGGAACAGUUGCGGCAGCAGCUGCGGUAAUAGCAAUGUCAUUGGAAGCGCCGGCGUCAGCAACGUUGGUAGCAGCAGU